AUGUCACAACCUCUCUUCGGCCUCGUCCCCGCCGGCCGACCGGUUCUCACUGUCCCUACCGAAACCCCUAGCGAAACCUCCUUUCUUUACGCCAUUGCGCCAGCUCCCACACCACCCAAUGCCUCAUCCUCUUCUGGGCCCGCCGGAUUUUCCCACAUUGUCGUCUUCCUUCUCCCUGGUGUCGUCUUACCCCCCGGAACAGCCGCCGCUAUCUAUCUGGUCACGCCACCAAGCACACCGGGGCAGACGCAACCGGAUUUCAAGUUUUUGGGAGCCAUUGGAGAGGGGAAGGAGAGUGCGAUUUUCAAAUUGGGGGGUAAUGGAGCACUGGGAGGCGGGAGAGGGGGGGAAGGGAACGUGGUGAUUGGGAUAUCGGUGGAGGACGCGGGGUCUGUCGGGGCGCGGAUGGCGGAGCUUUCUUCCUCUGCUGCUUCGUCUGGGACCGGGAAUAGUGGCGCGUUGGUGCCGGUCGCACCAGGCUCAAGAGGGGUAGGGCAGCAGCCAAGCACACUGGUGCUAGCGCAACGAAUCAUCAAGAACGCAUUCAACUUCCUAUCUAGUUUUAGUGGCACGGCUGGGCAGGUCGAGGUAGUGCCACUCAAGGCGUUUGAGGAGUGGUGGCGCAAGUUUGAGGGAAGGGUGAAGAGUGAUCCGGGGUUCUUAGAAAGAGAUGAUUAA